GCGAGCGGGCUGGUCAGCAUCUACAUCCAAGUGGUGCGGCCCAGCGUGUUUUUUCUUUUUCUUUUAAACCCUCAAAUGUAACAUGAGUAGAGCAUUAGAAAAAUCGGUGCUCUCCGAAGAAUCAGUCCUCUUGGUCCCUCCCCCAGGAGGUGCGGCAGCUGGGUGGAGCCUAAGGCCAAAUCGGCUCCGGGGACCCCAGCGGCAAAGACCCAGCCAGGCAGGUCUUCAGAUGGAUUUCAGAAUUGAACACACUUGGCACGGUUUUCCAGUGAAGCAGGAGCCUGUGUUUCUCAGGCUGAAUCCUGGUGAUGGGGGAGUGAUGAUGGAAGUUCGUGCUCCAUUUUUCAAUGAUCCUCCAGCUCCACCUGGAGAACCAGGAAAGCCUUUCAAUGAGCUGUGGGAUUACGAAGUUGUGGAAGCAUUUUUCUUGAAUGAUGUAACUGAGCAGUAUUUGGAAGUUGAACUUUGUCCCCAUGGACAGCAUUUAGUGCUUUUACUCUCUGGAAGAAGAAAAGUGUGGAAACAAGAACUUGAUUUGUCAUUCCAAGUGUCCAGAGGAGAGACAAAAUGGGAAGGCAAAGCUUAUCUUCCAUGGCAUUAUUUUCCACCAAAUGUGACAAAAUUCAAUGCAUUUGCAAUUCAUGGAUCAAAAGGUAAAAGAAGUUAUGAAGCCCUCUAUCCUGUACCACAGCAUGAACUGCAAGAAGGACAAAAACCUGAUUUCCAUCGUCUAGAAUAUUUCAAGCCCUUCAGCCUUAACAUGCUGCUUGGAGAAGAAUGGAAACAACCAGAAUCAGAUCUAUGGCUAAUAGAGAAACCUGACUUAGAGGAAUUUAAUGGUUAACAAUAUCAACAAUUUUUCCUCUGUACCUUUUAAGGUAAACCAUAAAGUUUAAUCUCAUUUAAGACACAUUUGAGCAAUAAAUAUCUUCAGUGGGCAUGGAAAAUAUAGUACAUACCUGUGUGUCAAAUUGUAUGAUUAACAAGAAAAUAGAAAAUAAAGUUACAAUUUUUCUCAGA